AUGCCUACCGGUAGCUGCAUCUGCGGCGCCAUCAAGUAUUCCUUUGACGUGCAGCCAAGUGCAAAGGUGAGCACCCAUACCACGCCCGAACACAGCCAUCCCCAAGACACCCUUCGCGUAAUUACUCACACUCCCCUAAACCAUCAGUGCCUCUGCCAUUGCCUCUCCUGCCGCAGAAUUACCGGCACCACCGCCGCUUCCGUUGCCCUGAUCCCUAAGGCCGACUUCCAGACCACCGCCAGCGCCGAAUCCGUGCCCAGCUUCAGGCAAAACACCAUCACCCACGAAGCCGGCAUGCAAAUCACCUAUGUCUUCUGCAGCGACUGCGGCACCACGUGCUGGAAGACGGCCAAUGCGGGCUGGCCAGACCAGAUCAUCGUGUUCACGGGCACGUUGGAUGAUGCAAGUUUCGAGCAAUUCAAGCCGGACGCGGAGUUUUGGGUCAAGUAUCGUGCGCCGUGGUUGGAGAGUCUUGAGGGGAAGGGGGUCGCGCAGGUGCAGGGGUUUCCGGAGGCAUGA